AUGUUCCGACCCGAGACAGCUGUCGUCUGGUAUGCGACUCGCAGCCUGCAGCAGAGCGCGCUGGAGCUUUUGGCGCGCCCCUCUAAAAUUUCGCCCUCGACUUUGCCUUGUCUGCACUUGCACAUCACGACCCUCGACCUCGACGUCGCAACACCAACCACUCAACACCUUCCCGAAAAUACAAAAGAGAUCAUCAUGGCUGAAGGCGGUAGCGGAAUCGACCGUAAGGCGGACGAGAGGAUGGAGUUCUCCACCUCCAAGGAAGUCACCGUCCACCCGACCUUCGAGUCCAUGUCGCUGAAGGAGAACCUCCUCCGCGGCAUCUACGCCUACGGCUACGAGUCCCCGUCCGCCGUCCAGUCCCGCGCCAUCGUCCAGGUCUGCAAGGGUCGCGACACCAUCGCCCAAGCCCAGUCCGGCACGGGUAAGACUGCGACCUUUUCCAUUUCCAUGCUGCAAGUCAUCGACACGGCCGUCCGCGAGACCCAAGCCCUCGUCCUCUCCCCGACCCGCGAACUCGCGACCCAGAUUCAGUCCGUCGUCAUGGCCCUCGGCGACUACAUGAACGUCCAGUGCCACGCCUGCAUCGGCGGCACCAACGUCGGCGAGGACAUCCGUAAGCUCGACUACGGCCAGCACAUCGUCUCCGGCACCCCCGGCCGCGUCGCCGACAUGAUCCGCCGCAGGCACCUGCGCACCCGCCACAUCAAGAUGCUGGUCCUCGACGAGGCGGACGAGCUGCUCAACAGAGGUUUCCGCGAGCAGAUCUACGACGUGUACCGCUACCUGCCCCCCGCGACGCAGGUCGUCGUCGUCUCCGCCACCCUGCCGUACGACGUGCUCGACAUGACGACCAAGUUCAUGACCGACCCCGUGCGCAUCCUCGUCAAGCGUGACGAGUUGACCCUCGAGGGCUUGAAGCAGUACUUCAUCGCGGUCGAGAAGGAGGACUGGAAGUUCGAUACGCUGUGCGAUCUCUACGACACCCUCACCAUCACGCAGGCCGUUAUCUUCUGUAACACGCGCAGAAAGGUCGAUUGGCUGACGGACAAGAUGCGCGAGGCCAACUUUACGGUCAGCAGUAUGCACGGUGACAUGCCACAGAAGGAGCGCGACAGCAUUAUGCAGGACUUCCGGCAGGGUAACAGCCGUGUUUUGAUUUCCACGGAUGUGUGGGCUCGCGGUAUCGAUGUGCAGCAGGUCAGCUUGGUGAUCAACUACGAUCUGCCGAGCAACCGUGAGAACUACAUUCACCGCAUUGGUAGGAGUGGUCGCUUUGGAAGGAAGGGUGUCGCUAUCAACUUCGUUACUAGCGAGGAUGUGCGCAUCUUGAGAGACAUUGAGUUGUACUACUCUACCCAGAUUGAUGAGAUGCCCAUGAACGUGGCCGAUCUCAUUUCUUAA